CUUCUCUCCCCCUCUCAAUUUGCGACCUUUCGUUAAGUUUCCUCUACAGUAUACCUCCAGCGUUAUUAUUCCCUCUGAAUACGUACACGAGACACCAUCAUUUACUACGGUAUCUCUCCACAUAACACACUUGAGUCUAGCAGGCGCGUGUCGUUUCGUUCUCAGCUUAAUCUUGGACACUUUUAAGCCAAGGACGAAACACAAGGGCAUCCAAUCAAUCACGCAACUUCUUUCGAAUUGCCAUUCGGAGCUACCUCGCUUGUGAAUCAUCAGCAACAAGGCGUAUGCUACCGGCAUCGUCAAUCGUUUCGCAUAAAAAGCCAGCAUCAAUCCUUUCACAUAGUACACUAUGAGACUUCUCAAUACUGCAACUUUGGAGUUUGAGAAGCAGUUUGGAGAUAGAGCACGAGAAUAUGCCAUCCUCUCGCACAAGUGGGAGAAGGUAGAAGAAGAAGUUUCGUUCGAGGAAUUACGCUCUCCUUCGGCUCGCAAGAAGAAAGGCUACGCAAAAAUCUGUGACUUCUGCGACGAAGUUAGAUCACAAGGAUACGACUACGCUUGGGUUGACACGUGCUGCAUUGAUAAAAGGGACUUCACCGAACUCGCAGAAGCCAUCAAUUCAAUGUUCAAUUGGUACAAGAACUCUUCCACCUGCAUUGCCUAUCUGUCCGAUUUCUUGCUAGAACCAGAACUAGGUCAUCGACAGUUUGAAUCCGACCUUGCAAAAAGUCAGUGGUUCAGCCGAGGCUGGACCUUACAAGAGCUUAUAGCUCCAGCAGAGGUCAAAUUCUAUGAUUCGAAAUGGCGUUACUUUGGGACCAAACAAGAUCUUGCCGGAGCAAUCUCCAAGAUCACUGGAAUCAGCAAAGCUCUCCUUCAAGGCAAACGGGGCUUGAAGAAAUUCAGCUGCGCACAAAAAAUGAGUUGGGCGGCGAAGCGGCGAACUACUAGACCUGAAGACAGAACAUAUUCGCUCCUUGGACUUUUCGGCGUUAGUCUACCACUCAUAUACGAUGGAGACGGCUCCAGAGCCUUCAAGCGGCUGCAAGAAGAAAUCAUCAAGAGCUCCACAGAUCAGUCCAUAUUUGCGUGGGUCCAGUAUGGGCCAUCGCCCUUCAUCCAAGGUGGACGUACGAUAUUUGACCAAAAAUGCAGUAUCCUUGCACCAUCACCCGAUUGCUUCCGAUUUUCAUCAAAUAUUGUUGCUUUCAAAAGGGAGGUAUCAAACACUCCUUAUUCUCUGACCAACACUGGAUUGGAUAUUACCCAACCAAUUUACAAGUUGAUCUCUUCGGGAGACUUGGUCUUGCUAGAAGUACUGCUGGACUGUUAUAGUGAAGGAAACCAAGACUGCAGAGUAUCAAUAACUGUAGUGGGGUCAAAUUCGAUCUAUAAGUUGAUGAGAUGGCGGUCAACAGAAACUCUCGGGAACCACAGCAGACUAGCGGUAUCCAGAGUUGAGCCUCACUUUCUCGGAGCUCUCAGCUUUCACUCAGGUGUUAUUGCCCGGGAAGAAGAUCGUGCGAAGGUUCCCUUACAAAUCUCGCCUAUUUCUGUCGACUCGGACCAGACCUUGGUAUCGGUGGAUGUAUCUUGGAUGAACGAUCGAGGGUGGGAGGUGGAUACACUCAGGAAAAUGAUUUUUGCUAGAUGUCAAAUCCAGAAUUUACGCAGAGAGAGAGCCAGAGCAAAAAAAAAUGACAUCAGCAAUAUGCGCUUAGGGCUUGGUAUAGUUGCACUUGGAGCUUGUGUAUGGAAGCUAGCCUUGGGAACCGAUUCAGUAGCUAUGAAGUGAUUGAUUAACUGCUAGUUGAAGAGAAUGUUACGCUUUACUCUGGUGCAUUUCACUUCGAUCGGGUGAUGCUGCCGCUAGGCUUAGCCGGUGGCGCACGGCAGAAUCCGGGAAUAGCUUCAACGCUUCUUCUUAGGCUUCCUUCCUUCCUUGGCUUAGAAUCGUCGAAUAUAGGGAUUCUCAUACCUUUGUUUAGGCCAUCUCAUGCUAUAUAUGACUUUAUUCUAAGCUCAUCCAUGAUAUGAUCUCAGGUUUCCAGGUCCCAGGUCAAGUCCCAGGCGCACGAAAGCUUCCAAUCAUUUUUCACGACAUAAUACGU